AAUGCCUGUCGUGUAUCCUAGAACGAGUAUAAGCGGGUUUGAGACAACAUUAUCAUUGUCGUAGAUGGGCCCCCAUGUGGCUGCCUCGUCCUGGUCAAGUUGUUCAAAAUGUGCCCAUUGUAUUUUAUCGUCGACUUCAUUUGGUACGACAUUAUAUGCAGUGGGUACGACCUCGUUGAUGAAUCCGGCGACGCUAUCCAAAAUUGUGGGGUCUGUGACUUGUUGAGGUGUGACAGUGACACUCCCUCCUCCUCCUCUCGUUUGAGAUUUGGACCGUCGAUGAGGCGAUUCAGCAGACAUAAUUUGGUUGCUGAAACAAAGAGUGUGGGGGGUAAACAGAUGAAGGACAAAGGGGUACACCCAUUGACAACCUUACGACGCGAUUAUUUAUAAAACUGUCUAUUAAUAGAUGAUAUUUUUGCGUGAAAUUGGAUGUCUUACCUUGUUUUCGAUGCAAAUCAACAUUUCAACUCACAAACUGCGUCAUUCCGCUCUAAAACAGUAAUGACGUCAGAUUCAAAGGGUAAUUUCAGAUGAUGAUAACAUAGAAAGAAUACAAGGGUCCAAACUUACCAUCAAAGUCGCAAAUAAGGGCUUUAGAUGGUUUCAAAUCACUAUUAUAAAUCAAUAUGCAUUAAUACAAAGAACUUCAACAACUGUCACUGUCACAACAACAGAAAUCAGCUGAUUGGAUAACAUUGGUCGAGUCGUAGCGGUCGAUUUAAUUUUAGCAAAUGGUGGGGCAAUCAUUUAUUUAUAUUGUAAAUAUAAACAGUUGUAAUUAACAAAUCAAAAUGAUUGUUCUUGUUUUAUUCGGUUUUUUGGUGCACCAUUCCAUAGCCUUAAAACCCAAUGUUUUGAUGGUGAUGGUCGAUGAUUUGAGACCAGCAUUAGGAGUCUACGGAGAUGACAAUGCCUACACCCCAAAUAUUGAUAAAUUGGCUAGAAAAAGCUUCGUUUUUACGAAUGCAUUUGCUCAACAAGCGCUGUGCGCCCCCAGCCGUAAUUCGCUCCUUACGAGUCGCCGCCCCGACUCUCUCCACUUGUACGACUUCUACAGCUACUGGCGUGACUCAGUGGGUAAUUUCACCACUCUCCCUCAACUCUUCAAAGACCACGGUUACUACACCCAAUCCAUUGGGAAAAUUUUUCACCCAGGCAUCUCCUCCAACAACACUGACGACUCCCCUUACAGCUGGAGUGGCAAACCUUUCCAUCCUAGAACCGAAAAAUACAAAGAAUCUAAAGUUUGUAUGACUGCAAAAGGCAUUCUCGCUCGGAAUUUAAUCUGUCCGGUGAUUGUUGACGCUCAACCUGGCGGGACAUUACCCGAUCUUGAGUCUUUAGCCGAAGCGGAAAAGUUUCUAAAAGAGUACAAGGAUGAAAAACCGUAUUUUUUAGCUGUGGGGUUUCAUAAACCACACUUACCGUUGAAAUUUCCUGUGGAGUAUUUGGAACAUCAUCGAGGAGAGGUGGUGCUUCCGGUAAAUCGAUGGCGACCUUCAUUUAUGCCAACAGUGGCGUGGAAUCCAUGGUUGGAUGUGAAAAAUCGUGAUGAUAUCAAAGAAUUGAACAUUUCGUUUCCUUUUGGCCUAAUGCCUGAUAAUGUUACGAAAGAAAUUAUUCGAAAUUACAACGCUGCUACUAGUUAUAUUGAUGAUUUGAUUGGUUCUUUACUUGAAAAAAUUGAUAAUAAUACGAUUAUUAUUGUGACUAGUGACCAUGGUUGGUCAAGAGGCGAACAUGGGGAAUUUUCAAAAUUCAGUAAUUUUGAUGUUGCCACACAUAUCCCGUUAAUUAUCCAUGUCCCAAGAUUAAGCAAUACGGAAAUAAUAAUUCCUCAACUUGUCGAGUUGGUUGAUCUUUUUCCUACUUUAGUUGAUUUAACUCAAAUAGUUCCAACGCUAGAAAUAUGUAAUAAAAAUGGUUCAAAUUUAAUAUUAUGUACAGAGGGACACAGUUUAGUGCCAAUAAUGGUUUCAAAACAAGCCAGAGAGGGAAAAAAAGCUGUUUUUUCACAAUAUCCAAGACCUGGAGCUUUUCCUUCUGAAAUUCCAGAUAGUGAUAAACCACGACUUAAAAAUAUUAAUAUAAUGGGAUAUUCGAUUAGGACGACAAGAUACCGAUACACAGAAUGGAUCAAAUUUAAUCAUACGACAUUUAUGCCUGACUGGUCAAAAGUUUAUGGGAAAGAAUUAUAUGAUCAUUUAAUUGAUGCUUUAGAAAAUAUGAAUCUUGUUACAAGGCCUGAAUUGAAUGACUUGAUCAAUUCCAUGCAUAAACAAUUGAUUUUAGGGUGGAGAUUUAGUUGAACGGUAAAAUAAAAAAAUUCAAAAAAUCAAUUCGUUUUUAUUUAAAUUCAAAAAAAAAAAAUUACAAGUUAUGCAAUCCAUAAAACAACUUAGUGCCAAGUUUAGGGUUUUUUGAGCUUAAAAU